AUGCAGGAACAGUUUGUGGCAGAUAUCCAAACUGACUCGAGGCAACAUGCCACAGUUCGCUUCACAAGUCUGACAGCCCCGGAAAUCAGCUCGGCUUAUAGCAGCCACAACAUACUGGGGCUUCUUAGUGUAGCUGGAGACCCUUUUGGGACUUCACCUCUAGCGCACCAAGUUGCCCCCACACGCAACGCUGCACAUACUUCAGCGCUGUCAAAAAGUCGCAAAAUAGCCAUCAAAGUGGAGAGAUUGCUCAACGGCGUCUGUCAUUUGGACUCCCAGAGCCCCGAAUGGGGGCUACCCUAUCUGCGAAUCUGCAAUGAUGCAGUCGUCAUGAGUAUACCUUGUGACGAUUCUGCACGUAGCCGUGACGGCACUGUAGCAUUUCACAAAUUGAAAACAAGAUUUCCAAAUACAUCCAGAACGGACAAUGGCCCAGGCGACGCUCAUUCAUAUUACCUCUCUACGCAGAACCUGCACUUUUCUUGCCCGAACGUCACAGCCGACGCCGCCCUCUUCGACUGUAACACGCAACCCAUGUUUGAGGACAUCACCGUAUUAUCCGGUAUGUGCCUCUUCUCAGACAAGGUCAUGCAGAGCAGUAUCAUUAGCAACAGACCGAAUGGCAUGAAGUUGCUGAAUAUCAAACCGACUUUAUACGAGAUGGAGUAUAUCGCCAGAAUAUCACCCGUCACUGCUGAUAUAGCGGCGCUGCUGGCGUCAAGGUAUCACCAUACACCAGACCAUCCCAUUAGAGUCAGCCUUGACGUCCCUACCUGGCAAUACUAUGCUUCCAUCCACCCCUACAUACUUCGAGGUGACUGCACCUUCGAAGAUGCUUAUCAAUGGCUCGAAGCUGUCGAACGCCGGUCAUACCAAGCGAGCAAAGUCUUCGAGAAGGCGGUUCGCUAUGAGCUUAACCUUCGUGGGUACCCCUUGGAGAUACUUAUUUCUCCUGGGACGAAGCUUGUCAGCGAGACCAUCAAGAGUGCACUUCGAUCCAGCAGAGUGCCAUGUCUAGCUGAAGCUUUGGCCUCACUAGUCGAAGAUGAUACUGGCCUCUGGGCGCGAUUUUGGGCUCUACUUCCCGAGAAGGAGAGGCCGAGAGACUUCAAAGACCUGGGAUAUCUCUUUUAUGUUCUUCAGGCCGUGCGGCCAGCGCUUGGCAUUCCUAUUAACGGCAAGGGGAACGGCAGACAUAAGGAACCCAAUGAGCACUUCAAACGUUUGAUCAUCAGCGUCGAUGACCGCUCCGAGCGCAAGAUUUAUUCCAAAGCGCAGUCCGUCUUGAAAGCUAUGAGGAGACUAGUCCCAGAAUAUCCUCAUGCCACUUUGAUUGAGGCAUAUGUUGCGAGACGAAUCUUUAUUGAUGGCAAUAAAGAGGGAUCAACUCCGUACUGGAGCGACCCUGGCCCUGAUGGGAUAUUGCUACAUGAAGGCCAGGAUCAGCCCUAUGAUACGGGUGUAGUCAUGCCAGCCGACAUCGUAGGAAGACUGUACGGCGAGGAACGUUCAGAUAGAAUUUACCACUGGUUCACAGAGGUCGAUUCUUUGAGAGUACUUGAUAGUGCUUAG